UGUACAAAUUAUUACUUUCCAAUAAGAACUUUCAAUCUAGAACUUUUGGCAACAAGCUUCCAAUUUAUACAAAAUUUAGAAACAUUUUAUCAUUUCAAAUAAGCAAACGUAGUUGAAUUUUAAUUUAUUUAUUUAUUUAAUAUUAUUAAAACAACACCAUAAAACCAUAAUGCCUGAAUUAGAGGAAAUCAUUCUUGAGACUCCUAGCAGUAGUGGCGAAUCUGAAAAACGUUCCGAAUCAUGCACACGAAAAAAAAGGAAAACAACAAAACUUGGAUCAACCAAUUCUGGUUCUCAAAUUCCUCGAUCUAACUCUAUUCAUCGUGGUGCAGAAUUUAAAAAGCCAAUCGCAGUUGUAGAAAAAUUCCAGGAUUCUUCAAAAUCUCUUCAUCCAUAUCGUUUAAAGAAAUCUUUUUCCCAAAUGGAUAUGAAAAUGUCAAAGAACAACACCAACUACAACAACACAAGCCAAUACCAUUCUAACUUCUUCCAUCAUCAGGAUAAUUAUAACAACUAUGGAACUGUAGCUCUGCCAAAACCUGUACUGAAGUCAAAAACCACUGAUUCCAAUAAGACAGACUUUUGUCCAUCUAAGGAUUCUAGUCUUUUAUAUUUGGUAAAUGAGCCGGAGUGUGGUGAAUUUGGCCCUAAACUAGCGGGAAUGAAAAUAUUUGCAACAAUCAUGUUGAAUUCAUGGCGAAACAGAAGAGACGAAGUAAGACGUUUAAAGGAGGAAUUGGAACAGCUUCAAAAAAAGGUCAUCAAAGUGAAAAACCAAGUGCACGUCUUAAGUUCAGUCUUUCGGAAUGAACAGAAACAAAAUGAAAAGCUCAAUCGACAACUUCGUCAUGCCUCUCAAGACAUCCAAAGACUUAAAUCGACCGUAGAAAACCUAACAACAUCCCUCAUAAGUGCAAAAGCUGAUGCUUCGUUUUUUGAGCAACAACUUCAUGCAAAGGAACAAGAAAACGAUUCUCUCAACAAUGGGAUUGUAGAAAUCAAUAGCCAAUUAUUCAAGUCAAUGACUCAGGUACGCCAGCUGCAAUCGAGUUUGUCUUGUGAGCAAAGAAGUGUCCAGGAGCUAGAGAACCAAAAAAACGAACUUUUAAAUGAGAUAGCUUUGGCUGAAAUGAAGUGGAAAACCCAGGAAGAACAAUUAAUGGUGGAAAUCUAUGAAAAGGAUGCAGAAAUUGCCAAAGCUCAUUCCGAUAUCAAGAUUCUGGAAACAUUAUUGAACGACCUAAAAGAAAAAGAAUUCCAAGUUCGUGACUUAAAGAAAUCCGAACUUAAGCUCAAGAAUGAAAUUGAAACACUUAAAAUGGAAGCACGUGAUUUGAGGCAAGAAUUGAGUAAAUGUUUAAGUGCUCGGAUGAAACGUUUCUGGACCAAUUAUAUGGAUCUUAAUCGAAACACCAUUCUAUUAAUUCAUCUUGGAGCAUUCUAUUUGCUUCCGGCAAUCCCACCUCCAAAGUCUCUAAAGUUGCCAUUUUCUGUCAGUUUGGAUAAGGUUAUGAGUGUGAUUCGGUCUUAGAGGAAAAGAACACUUUUUUGUCUACAGACUCUUACAUAUAUUAUUUCUCUAUAUUUGUUUAUCUUAUAUUUAUGAAAUACAACAAUAAUAUUUCUUUAUUUUAA